AUGGACGCUGCGUCACACAACCCAUAUGCUCGAUCCCCUAACCCCUCCACAAGGUCCUACGAUUCAUCGUCGGUGUCGUCCGCAACGUCCCCAAAACCAUCUCUCCAUUACGUCGGCGGUCUGAUGAACACAAGUACGCGGCCCAGUGUGGCCGCCCCUCCACAACCCAUAGGUAUCCCAUCGUUACCGCCACUCCAUCAGACGUCGUUCCAACCGUAUGCUCCGGUCACAGCAUCCUCCAUGAUGGGACGAGACUCACUGCCGUCCAACGAGUCGGUGGCGAGCACGCCAGGUCCGUCCAACGCCCAGCUGCCGCUGGGUCCCAGCUCACAAGCGCAGAAGAGAGCAUACCGCCAAAGACGAAAAGAUCCCAGCUGCGACGCUUGCCGUGAGCGCAAGGUCAAGUGCGAUGCCACCGAGACGACGAGCUGCUCAGAGUGUUCGAGCCGAAACGUAAAGUGCCAGUUCACCAAGGAGACCAACAGGCGUAUGUCUUCUAUCAAGCAGGUGCAGGAUCUCGAGAAGCAGCUGGAUAAGAUCAGGCGCGAGAACAGCACUCUGCGUCGGAUGCUGCAAGACCGGGAUGGAGGUCACGGCGGUAUGGAUUUGGAUGCGGAAGGUGGAGAGACGCAGUCGUUGCAGGCCCAAAUACCCGAAAUCGGAACGAUACCAAAGCCAAAAAAGAGGCCACCGCCAAUGCCCGAGCUCGGCAGGACGAGACCUACCAUUCUUGCUUCCUCCAAAGGAGUCUUCAAGACGCCAGCACAUUACCGCUCAUCACAAUCUCCACGGGCGACAUUUUUCGACCCUCCACGACCCGAAUUACCCCAACGAAAGGUGGCAGAUCAGAUAUUGAACGCCUACUACGCUUCUGUACACACGAUAUUUCCUAUGAUUCACUGGCCCACCUUUCAACAGUCGGUAGAUGAGCUCUACCGGCCUGGCGGACUGCAAGCAGCAAAGCCAUGUCUGCUGUCGUGUUUCUUCACAGUCUUGGCCGUCGGAAGUCUUUUCUCCCCCGAUGCCCAUCGAUCAAAUCUGGCUUGCGAGCUGGCCGACGCAGCACGGAAAGUGAUGGAUCCAUGGACAAACGAAUAUGAACUCGACCACGUGCGAACUCUUGCACUAAUGGCGAUGAUGCUUUACGAGAUGAACCUGAAGUCUGUCGCAUGGACCUGGGUCGGAUCCGCAGUCAGGAUGGCCCAAGACAUGGGCUUGCACGCCGAUUUAGGAUCUUGGACCAUGUUAGAGGGUGAAAUGCGUCGAAGAGUCUGGUGGACGGUCUAUGUCUUGGAACAGAGCAUGUCUGUAGAGAUUGGCCGGCGGACCAUGAUUGAUGACAGCGACUGCGACGUGCCUCUGCCUGCCGCAGUUGACGACCACCAUAUCCAUACCAACGAGAUUCGAGUGCCUCAAGGGCAGGAUCCACUAACACAUACCUUCAUCCCAGUCAUCAAUGUCGUGCGCUCAUACCCGGCGCUGGGGAAAGCCCUCGGCGCCCCGACCUUGACGUCGACGAACCUGUCGACUUUCGAUCAGCACUUCGCCUCAUGCCUGAGAGCCUUUCCCGCACCCUGCGACCUGGCGAAUCAAAACGUGGCCCUUUCCCCACACUACCUAAACCCCUUGGCAUACCUCUUCAGUGCCAGGAUGCUCCUCCACCGCCACAACCUCUCUCCCAUGUCCCCUCCUGAAGCCCGACGCGCCGCCAUCGAAAUGUGCACGCUCACCGGGAUCGACACCGCAGCCUCGGUGGCACGCACGCCUCCCACACUACACGACACUGCAAGCGCCAUCUUGACGGUUCACCUCUUCCGCUGCGCCUUGUUCCUCAGCUUCACCGGCUACCUCGACGAGGCCAUCAUAUGCACCCGAGCUCUGACGGCCAUCAGCUCGCGACGCGACGUCGCCAUUCCCUGCGGGAGAUACAUGGCCAUGUUUCUCUCCAGACUGACUACGAAACGGUCCGAGUAUGCCGACUAUCUAAUACGCUCCACGACCUCGCCGGUCUCGCAACAUCGCCACUCGCCCUACAGCCAACCCCAUCCUCCUCCUCCGCGACCAGACCCCAACCAGCUCCGCGAGCUGCUCCUCCGCGACGAAGAACUCUUGGUGCUCGUGGGCGCAGACCUGCAAGCCGACACCAACGUGGCCUGGGUCUGGGAGCCGAGCGGCGACCACCCUGGGACCUCCCCCAUGGCGACCGCAGCCUCGGGACCCGCCGGCAGGUCGGCGGCCGGCCCUGCCUCGACCCCCGGAGGCAGAAGCAGCCUCUUCAGCCUCGAAUACCGCGUCGGCCUCACCGAGGACGAGAGCCGGGACUGGGGCGGCUGGGAGCGGGUAGACGCCAUGAUCAGGGCGCUGGGAGAGGCCCCCCAGCCGCUGCAGCAGGUGGCCGCACCCACCCCUGCAGGCCCUGUGCUCCACCAGCCCAUCUCCGGCGGGACCCUUCCGCCGCUGCAGGCGUGGCAACCGCCGCCCCCUCCGCCGGGUCACCAAACGGUGCUACCGCCCGUCAAGGUGGAGCACGGCGCCGUCGCGUCGCGAUCUAGACUGAGUCCACCUUCUGCUGCUGCGGGACCUCCGGGCGAGGGCAGCAGCGUCACGGGGAGUCCAUCGGUUGGAUCGGCAAAGAGUAAGAGCCAGUCAAGGAUCAGCAUUGCAAACAUCAUAUGA